UCUGUCUCCAUGCGUACAGCAUCGAGAGCAUGACAACGUUUCCCAAUGGCUGUGGAAACGGCACCACCGUUACUUGUAUAGUUAUGGAUAAUAAAGAGCCCCAAAACCAGACUACCUGUAUCAGUCAUAAUGGGGGAUACAGCACCAGCAACGGUCAUGAUGAGGAAAUUCAAGAGGAUAAACUCAGCCCUUCCAAAAUCAUGCGCUUUUUCACCACCCCUCGGAAACGGGCUAAUUCCAGCUCUGACAGGCCUCGUUCUCUGGUUUUGAUGGGCAACUCGUCCACGUGGAAUGCUUUGUCUUCCAUCAGAAAAAUGGGAUCUUUCAAGAAGUUGAAAUCUUCAGUUCUCCAAGGAGUUCAAACAAGGGAAUGCUCAGACAUCUUAAAUGAGAAUGGCGUAGGCAAACACGGUUCGAACGGGGCAGUGGUGCAAGUUCAGAAUAACAGAUAUUCCUAUUCAGGGCCUCUGCAUGAUUUCCAGAACGCCGUGGAUGGUUUAGCUUCUGACUGCUCUGAUGCGGAGGAGAGCGAUGAGUCUUUCCUGAGGAAUACUCAUCGCUCACGCAGCAUCAGGCGGGCUUAUGGUGCUGGCCGCAUAAACUUGGUAGAUACAGAUAAAGUUCAGAGUCAUCACAACUGUACUAGGCCAACAUCACCUGUCAUCGCAGAGCCAAAGAUCUGUGAAAUUUUGGUGAAAGACUCUGAAAACAACAGGAUCAUUUAUCGGAGAAGCAAAAGUUCGGAUAAUUUGAAUUUUUUGAAAAAAAGCUCAUUCAAACGGAAGUCCACCUCAAACCUUACUGACCUCAAGGUUGCAAAUGAAAAACAGAUGCCAACAAGGUCUGUGAGUGCUAAUUCUGCUGACUCGGACAAAACUGGUGGGAACCCUGAGAGGAGAUCCAAGCGAUGGAAGAGCCCUAUCAGGGCAAAGGAUUUUGACCGAGUUUUGAAACUUGUCGGUAAUGUUACAGAUGCUGCAUGGAAGAAGGAUGGCUCUAAGAGCCCGGCUCCUUCUCCUAGCGAGCAGUCCCAGAGAACAAGGUCAAACAGCAGACUGCACGAUGACUACUCCCGCAGGGUUUCCAGCAGCACGGAUCAUGACAGAAAGAGAUGCACCUCCCCAGUAUCUAGUCCAGACUCUUCCUUGCUGGGAACACCUUGUCUGCAAAGCCCUGCAGUUGCUCAGGAUAAAGAGGCUGGAAUGAAUGUAGCCGCUGCUGAAGACAAAAGCCUCAGGACGUCAUCAGGUAUCCCAGACUCUGGCAGCUUAUCACCCACGCUGGAUGACAUUAGUCCAUUUCCCAAUGAAGUGUUUUAUUCGGACUCGGAUGAACCAAAAGCUACCCAGCAGUUUCCAUAUGAAGCUGAAAACCCUCACAUUCCGGUCAGGCCGACUACUCCAAAGCCUCAAAGUCCCACUGCAGAGAAGAUCAAGUGCAAUAUGAAUUUCCAGUGCCCAAACCAUCACAGCACGUUGUCACUGAGCUCGUCAGAGAGUGAGGAGAGGGUCGAGGUACCGGGGCCGAAGCUGGGCAGGAAUCCUGUUUGUUUCCAGGACUCAGUGCAAACUGUGUACUAUGAUGAUGGAAAUGAAGACAGUGGCAUAAGCAGUCACUCUCAGCUGAGCCUCAAUUUAGCCUCUGGUGCUGAAGAGAAAAAGGAAGAGGUUGUUUCUGAUGACCACUGGAAGAGGUCUCCAUCCCAGGACGAAGAAAAGACAGAAACACAAAAGGUCACACCCAGGAGAUGGGGCUCUGGAAAAAGAUCUCGUCCCAGACCUCUCUCAGAUUAUGGCCAAAUGUCAAUCAGAAGUUUCUCUAUACCAGAAGAUGCAGUUGCUGUGGAGUCUCAGAAGGCAGACUGCAUGGACGGAGAAAAUCAGCCAGGACUGGCUGCCGUCGGGUCCGUCAUCCAAAGCAAUACAGUAGGCUACCACAGAGGGCGAAAAAGAAGACCCAUCUCUGUAAUAGGUGGGGUCAAUUUCUAUGGAAGCGGUCCAGCAGAAGAGAUAGAAGGUCUGCUGACACAACCUGCAACGCGGCCACCCGUUCCAGCGCACCAGGUGCCCCCUUACAAAGCUGUUUCAGCCAGGUUCCGGCCGCUCACCUUUUCACAAAGUACCCCCAUCGGCCUGGACCGGGUUGGACGAAGGCGACAGAUGAGAACGUCUAACG